AUGCCCAACUUCCACGCGUGCUGCGUCCGCCUCGCCGGCGAGCUCCCGGCUGUGGUGCUCUCUGCAGACUACCGCCUCGCCCCCGAGCACCGGUUCCCCGCGGGCCUCGACGACGCGGCGAACGUCCUGUCCUGGGUGCGCGGCCAGGCGGCGGCUAUUGGGGACAACGCCGACCCAUGGCUCUCGGAGACGGCGGACUUCGGCCGGGUGUUCAUCGCCGGGGACUCGGCCGGCGGGGGCGUCGUCCACCACACGGCCGUCGGCCUCGCGUCGGGCCGGCUCGGCCCCCUCGACCUCAUUCGCGUCGCCGGGUGCGCGAUGCUCUGCCCGCUGUUCGGCGGGGAGGAGAGGACGGCGUCGGAGGCGGAGUUCCCGCCGGGCCCGUUCCUGUCGCUGCCGGCGGUCGACCAGGCGUGGCGCCUGGUGCUGCCGCCUGGGUCCACGAGGGACCACCCGCUGGCCAACCCCUUCGGCCCGAAUAGCCCGGCGCUGGACGGCGUAGCGCUGCCGCCGAUGCUCGUGGUGGCCGCCGCGCACGACCUGCUGCGCGACCGCUCCGUGGACUAUGCCGCGAGGCUCAAGGCCAUGGAGAAGCCGGUGGAGCUCGUGGAGUUCGAGGGGCAGCACCACGGGUUCUUCGCCGUCGAGCCAUACGGCGACGCCGGCAGCGAGGUGGUCCGGCUCGUCAAACGGUUUGCCUACGGCAACGGUGGCGCCUCCGACUAA